UUCAGCUUCAUAACAGACACAACUGGUGGUGACAAGAGGGAAGCAGGGCCUCAGAAGAGCCAGCUCUGGCAGGAGGCCUCAGUUCCCAUUUAGGCAGUGCCUGGGACACAGGACGUGGGCCCAAAGCCUCCCUCAGUGGAAGCGUGGUUGACAAGAAAGCCACCUUCUGAAGAUCAUGGAGUGUCGGAGGAGGUGGAGAUGGUUCUCUUCAGCCUGCUUUCUCAUUCUGGUGGAAUUUGCUUUGAGAGAGACCAUGGCAGUACGCCACAGGCAUGUGGGUCAGUUCACUGCAGUGGGCACAACUCACUCUCUCUUGGAACUGAGUGCAAUUAGCUUCAUAGAUGAUGUUGAAGUGGGAUCCUAUAAUAAAGUACACCAGCAAAUUAUUAUCAAGGUACCCUGGACCUCCAAAGCACUGGGAGUCAAUUACAUCACCCAGAGGCGUAAUUUGCUGGUGGAUCACGAGAAACAUUUCCUCUGGAUGAUGCACUACUUUGCAAAGAACGACACCAACCAUGACAGAAACCACACAGGGCAGCUCCUUGCAGACUGUGAAAUGGACAAUGACAUCAAGGUCAACAGCCACGUCCAUAUAAUUUGGGAUGGAGAGGAAAUUUACAGAAUAGAUGAAGAAGUUGGACACUGGGAGUACUUAAAGCCUGAAUUCAAGAAAUACCAGCACAUUCUGGAGAGUCCCUUUUGGACCGAUCUAAGGAAACUCUACAUGAAUCAAUAUUGUGUUGACUUGAUGAGGAAAAUCGUUUGGUACUCAAUCUUAAGGGAUAAUGUGCCCCCUGAGGUGACCGUAUCUCGCCGUGUCAACCGAGAAGGCAGCAUCAUUCUCUCCUGCACAGCCACAGGCUUCUACCCUCGCUCCAUCCUACUGCGUUGGGAAAAGGAUGGGAAGCUUGGUGUAUGGGGAAAGGAGACUUCCACUGGCACCCUGCCCAAUGCAGAUUCCACCUUCUACCUCCGAGUUACCUUAGAGCUCCCACCAGAAGACUCAGGGAUGGGUUACACUUGUGUGGUAGAACACAUUGAGCUGAAGACCCCUGCUGUGUAUCCAGUCCCUGAAAAGCCCACAAGGGAGAAGCCUUGGGUCCUGACACUGGGCAUUAUGUUGGCUGUCAUUCUACUGCUGAGCUGUGCUGGGAUCUUCACAGCACGGAAGAAGAGGAAGAGAGGUUCAACAGGUCAGCUAAAAAGAUCUUUUACUUCUACUACUUCUCCUACUCCUCCACCACUGUAGAGGAAUAGAAUAUACCAGGACAAGACUCCAGGUUUGCAUUACUCCUUUGGUGCUAUUGUUCUCCACUAAUGGCCUCUGCUGAUGCCUCAUCAUAGCAUUGGUGAUCUAGGCUUCUCCAAGCUCUGCCAGUAGAGCACAAGCCCUGGCAGGUCCUACCAAGCUCAAGAAACUCCAUUUAUGGGAUGAGAUGGCUGUUGCCCCAACACCGGCCUCCCUGAAUUCAUAAAGAUUCACUACCAGGUCAUCCACUGGCACAAGCAAAUUUUUACCCAUAGCAAUGGUGAAGAUUAUCUAUUAAUUCAUAGAGAAGUUGUGGUUUGUGUCAGUGAAGUGCUCACCCACCCAAGCAAAUCACAAACUCUUCAAUUAUUGAAGAAUAGUCGUAAUCAAUGUCCUCUGCUAUGCUUUCUUUGGGUCCUUGUUUGCAAACUGUUCACCCAUCUUAGAGUUUUACAAUGGUGAUUAGGCAUUGCACUCAAAUACAUGUUCCUUAUAAAUUUUAUAUGUUAAUCAUUUAUCUUUUACAUUUGAUGCACAUUUUUCAAAUCUGACCUUGAUAAUUCUUGGUUGUUUUGAAAAAGUUUGUAAUUUUAGCAAUAAACUCACCAGCCUUCCUCUGCUCUAAUGUCUAAUAAUUAAAAAGGAAUUAGUUUAAUAUAAUUAAGAUUAAUAUGCUAUUCUCUUUUCUUCUAACCUAUUCAAGUUUCAUUCUCAUAUUUUUAAUUCAGUGACACAGAAGGAAUUUGUUGGAGCUCAGGGUGCAAGAAUCAAAAUUUAUGUUUCCUCAUCAUGUUCUCCAACAACAUUAAUAAACUCAGAAAUCUUCCACCUA